AUGAUAGAACAAUUUGAAUAUGACCCUUUGCCAGAGCCAACGUGCGUCCGUUUAGUAUCCUUUGUUCCUCAGGAUGAUGCCACCCGCUUUCCUCCCCUGACCGAAGGCGAGCCCCUGCUCCAGCUAUCGCUAUCCGUAGUGGAUCUGCAGGAUACCCCGCACUAUGAGGCCCUGUCAUAUACCUGGGGAUCCCCAUUCCCCCCAGAGGACUCAAGAUCAACAGCUUACGAUGAUAAGAAUAGUCAACGGCUAGUCAUUGUCAAUGGGCGUGAACAUGAGAUUGGACGGAAUCUCUGGGAGUUCUUGCAUCAACAGCAGCAGACCAAUGCGAAUCUCGGGAAAGAGGCCGCCGAAAUGUUAGCGGCUGGGUUGGACACUUAUGGGCGGACUCCAUUAAUGCGCGCUGUCAUAGAUAGAAGGCUCGAUCUGACAGAGGCUUUGCUCGCCCUAGGUGCUGACACAGAGCAACGAGAUAACGAGGGAAAGUCGGCACUCCAUUACGCUGUUACUAGCGAUAUCUUGAGCGUUGACCUCGCACAGAUGCUGGUCUAUCAUGGCGCAGACAUCUACGCGGAUACACAAGAAGGGAAAACGCCACUGGACGACGUAAAAGACGAGGUCGCUGAGCUGAUCAAGUCCCUCAGUAAAGACCUUGGAGGAAAGACCCUGCCGAGAGGCCUGCGACUCUCAACACAUAGGCCUAUGUGGAUUGAUUCUAUCUCGAUCAAUCAGAAGGAUACAACUGAGCGCAAUAUGCAGGUGGCUCUGAUGUCAGAUAUAUAUAGCAAGGCAAUGUCUGUUGUUGUGUGGCUGGGUGUGGAGGGCGAGCCCAUUCCUCUUGCACUGGGGCCCCUUAGCAGGCAUUUUAUACACUGGAUAGGCUUUACCGCGGUGAGAGAUUCCGGACUUACGGGGUUAAGUCUGGGAAAUGUCUUGAAACAACGCUACAGUAUUCAGGAUAUACUAGAGACGCUGGCUUUUGAGAAGCUUAUGGCGAGGACGUGGUGGUCCCGAACCUGGGUUAUCCAGGAGCUGACGCUGGCGAAGCGUACCCUGAUCACUUGUGGCUCACUCACAACUCACCCUAUGGAAACCGCUGUCAUAUUAAACUUGCUAUGCUAUAUUCCUUCUCCUGGGGUAAUUGAGCUUCCAGGCUGCGAGCCAUUUGGAGACAUUACGGCCCUCUUUGAGAGCGCACGUUUUUCAGGGGUACGCGGCAUCGAAGCACUCAUGCUUGCUGAUAUCGGUUUCAGAGCCUCUGUGCACACAGGGCAGCGGGAACUCCUCAUUAAGGACGUCUUAAAAUUGAGUGAAGCGGUGCCGAAUGUUUCCUGGGGGCGAAGACUAAGCCUCCAAAACCUAGGAAGAUUAGGCUGGUGGUCCCAGUGCAGCGACCCGAGAGAUAAGGUCUUCGGGCUAGUUGGGAUGGCUUGCCCUGAUCCACGGGACCAGGGGAUUGUUGUGGAUUACGAUAUACCUACAGACAAGGUGUUUAUUCGGUAUGGUCACUUAUUCAUGCAGGGCUCAGCCGAGCCGAUCCAGGAUCUAUACACUGGCGAAUCCUAUUUUUUCGAGCCCCUGGAGGGGCUCUCCUAUGUUCAGGACACGCCAAAUCCCCAUCCCGAGUUCCAGGACUACAAAGCCAAACUUCCGUCCUGGACCCCGAAUUUCAGCGCCCAUCUCACAACCUGCCGCAUCUGGUCCCGGAAACAUAGCGCAACCUCGGGCAUGCCGAACAGCCCAGCAAUUGUUUCGCAUCCGGACCCCAGAAUUCUGUGCGUGAAUGGGCAUAUAGUGGAUCGUGUUGUAGCAAUAGAGCGGGCCCACAACAAGGGAGAUGUACACGAGUCCGAGGUAUUGGCCUGGCUGAAAUUCAUACGGGACUUGGAUCCGGAAGGAGGCAGCCGUGUAGACGCUCUGCGGCAAACAUUAACGGCUGGUAACCAAGUCCAGAAUAAGAAGGUCGCGCGUAAGGCCUUUCGAGACUUUAUCGCAAGCAAACUAUGUCAGAGCCAAACAGAUCUUGAACUGGAAUCGGUAAUCGCGCAACUGCGCAUCUCUAACCCCCGGGACACGUUGCCCUCGCUUAAGGCGCUUCAAAAGCAAAAGCGGGAGCGCCGGAAAUAUAAGCAGGAGGUCCUGACACUAGUCUUGAAGCAACUGAAAAAGGUUGAGGAACUCCAGGGAGAACUGCGGGGGCUCCAGGACAAAGUGCAAGGGCUUCUGAAACUACAACAGGGGCUCGAGAAACAAAAGCAGGAGCUCCUGAAACUAGAGCAGGACAUCCGAAAUCAAGAAUAUGUGCUCCCGGAACAGAGGCAGGCAUCGCGCGACUUACUACGGGGAUUCAUGGAACUACUGCCGGAGCUCCGGCAGCGUGAACACCUACAAGUAGAACCAGGACUCAUGUACCUUACAUUGGAGGAGAUGCGGAAAAGAAUGGUCGAUGAGCUACAACUCAGUCCUCCCGACUACACUCAGUUAAGAGCGUUUCACACGCUCUUGAGACGGUACAACCGGUCUAGAUGCCUGUUCCGGACUACAAAGGGCUAUAUCGGUCUUGGGCCUGUUGGUGUACAACCCGGUGAUGAAGUCUGGUUGUUUGCUACCGCACGGACACCUUUUGUCCUGCGUCGACCAUCGGAAGGGUCCCUGAGAAGGGAGACCCGGGGUUCGAAUUCCUCCACAGCGGAAGGUGAAUGCCGAGUAUUCAUCGGAGAGACUUACGUUCAUGGAAUUAUGAAUGGGGAAGCGAUGCAGAAAGGUGACUUUCGUCCGGUGGCUCUAGUAUAA